AUGGACUAUCAACAAGCGUCACAGUUUAUGCCAACAAUUGCUGGUUAUGUGAAAGCAUGGUCCGAAAAUGUUGUACAGCUGACAGUCAAGGGUUCGGGUCAUUUCGUACCCAUGGAUCGACCCGCGCAAACACUUCAUAUGCUCGUCAAUUUCUUGAGGAACAACUACAAUUACAGUACACCUAUUUUUGAUGUUGACACAACUCCGCAGCCUACAAUUUCUACUCCAGUGUCUCCACCUCCUAAUUGCACGCGCAAAGCUUGUGGAAUCAGAGCUUGUGGACCCAGCCACUGCACCGCUGCUUAUAUGGCUCAAUGGUGGACCAGGAUCAAGCCCCUUGGAAGCCCCUUAUUUUUGGAAAAUGGACCAUUCAGUAUUGGGAAAGACGGCAUAACCGUGACAAGCAACCCUCAUCCGUGGAAUAAGUUUGCUAAUGUACUGUAUUUGGAAUCGCCGGUAGGUGUUGGCUACUCGCACUCAACAGAUGGUGUAUUGCCACAAUAUUCAGACGAACUAGUACGGAAAACUAUGCAGUUUUGGUGGAUUUCUUCAGUCUCUAUCCGGAAUACCGUACUCGAUCCUUUUAUACCACUGACUGGGAACAACUACGACUCAUCUGAUCCAUAUAUGGGCUACUACUGCUACAUGAGUGAUGCUCUUAGUAAUUAUCUGAAUCUCGAUUCCGUGAGAAGUGCUUUAAAUAUUCCAGCGGCGGCUUCGAAAUGGAUUGCUGACGGCGGCAUCAUUGCUGUCUACAAUCAGACCAAUCCAUCUGCUGCACCUUCAUUCGACUACAUUAUUAAUAGCCCCUAUUACAACGCCAGCAAUUUCACGAUAUUGCUCUGUAGUAGAGAUGUUGACACUAUAUGCAAUUGGAUGGGUGCAGAAUGGUAUACCACCGAAUAUUUUGCAGGCAAUCUUGGUUUACCUUUACCAACACGAGAACCGUGGAUAUACCAAACUGAUCCGGAUAACUACCCAACAUUGGGUGGUUUUGCUAGGAAAUAUGCGAAAGAUAUUGAUGUACUAACCGUAAAGGGCUCCAGGCAUUUUGUACCAUUGGAUCGGCCAAUGCAAGCUCUUCAAAUGAUCUACAACUGGAUCAAUAGAGCCGACUACAGUACUCCACUCAACAUUACCCAACCAACAACCACUCCUAUCCCCACAACGACAACCACUCCCAUCACUACCCAAUCCACAGCAAGUGCAGUUACCGUAGACGAAAGUACACCCAAGCCGCACAGCGUCGGCACUCCCAAAGCAGGGGACACGACUGCAGCCACAAGUUCUGGAACAUCGCCAGCAAAUAUUCUCACUAGUGUGCAAAGUGCUCCUCCUAUAACUGAGUAUACAGUAACACCAACUACAAGUGGAUUAUCAAAUCUCAGCAUGUUACAGGGUUUGAUGUUAUAUAUUGCUUUACGGAUACUGGCUUAA